GCUGCCCCAAGUGCGUCUGUGGCGACUCCUAUAAAGCCAGCGGCCCCCAAUCCGGCGCCAGCCUGGCCUUUCCCCUCUGCUUUCCAACGCAUUCCGUCCGUCGCUCCACCAAGUCCGACCACCGCUUUCGCCACAAGCACAACCCCCCCCCAACCGCACAUCCGAAAUGUCCGCCGCCACUACCAAGAGCACCAAGCCCAAGGCCUCUGCCAAGAAGGUUGCCGACCACCCCACCUACCUCGAGAUGGUUCGCGCUGCCAUCGUCAACCUGAAGGAGCGUGGUGGCUCGUCCCGCCAGGCCAUCAAGAAGUACAUCCACGAGAGCUACAAGGGUCUCAGCGAAAACGCCGACAAGCUGAUCAACACCGCUAUCAAGUCUGGUGUCGACAAGGGCGUGUUCGUCCAGCCCAAGGGCGCCUCCGGACCUCUCAAGCUGAAGAAGAAGGAGACUGAGGAGAAGCCCGAGAAGGCCCCCAAGAAGGCUGCCGGUGAGAAGAAGGCUGCUCCCAAGAAGGCCGCUGCCAAGGUCGCUGCGGUCAAGAAGCAGAAGGAUGCCCCCAAGAAGGCUGUCAAGAAGGCUGCUGGCGAGAAGAAGGCCGCUGCCCCCAAGAAGGCUGCCGCUGAGAAGAAGGCUGCUCCCAAGAAGGCCGCCGCUGAGAAGAAGGCUGCGCCCAAGAAGUCUGCCAAGAAGGCCGCUGCCGACAAGGCUUAAGCACCCCAUCCCCCGCGUCCAUCUUUCUCGGUUUUGGCUCAUCCCAUCGAUACACCUGCGGACAGGACAACUGUCUCACUCCACCUCUCUCCGCUGCAACUGAUGAUCGCACACCUUAAUUCUCUUCGCUUCCCACAGCCUCCCUAGUCUUGUUCCUCACCCAAUCCUUCUCUCACCGCCUUGCAUUCUUUGAUGGUUCUGUCGUUUGUACUGUUCAGCUCUUUGCCGCUCGCUUGUCCCAUUGCAUUUGUAGCACUACCCCUCCGUCCAGUCCAGUGUCUGUCGACACUUGAGGUGGCUCCGACUGGUCUGUCGUUCGUCCUUUGCCCCAAGGGCGCGGGAGUCCUCUCCCUCCUUUUGCUUUCCUUCUUGCCGGCCUCCAGUAAAACCGCAAGAAGGGGCCGCAAAGUGGCGCGACGGUCGCUGCGACAGCGAUGGUGCGGCAUUGUUACCGAUUUGAAUCGGACACUGUAAAUACAGUUCGUUAGGAAAUGGAAA